CUGUCAAUGUUGCAGAGGUACUAGAACUAGAGGACCACCCGCAGACUGGUGCGUCUGCGUUUAUUUCAUCUCAGCCUCGAGUACAGCUGGCCUACGACCACUCUGCGGUGGAAACAAAAGUUCUUUUGGUGAAUGCCGAACGACGCUGCAGAGCGCAGAUGGGGACACUGUUUGAAGUUCCUGUGCAAAUAUCGAAAGAGGAGAAGAAAUGUGAGUUACUUGAGAGUGCGUUUCUGAUUUGCGUCCCACUUUCCUGCGAGACGGAGAUCGUAGCACGAGAAGUCGCCUCUUUCGCUCUCGAACAUCAGCU